CCGGGGCGGCAUGGCCCGGUGGCCCGGGACGUGGGGGCGCUAGGCCCCCGGAGGGGCGCCCCCCGCCUCACCGCUGCUGCCGCCGCCGGGCCGCCCUCCGCAGUCGCGCGCCCCGCCCGCUCCAGCCGCCCCCGGGGCCACCACCGGCCCAUGAGCCCCGACCUCAAAGUUUGCGGCGGGCGGGCGGGCGCGGAGCCUCCAAGAUGCCGUUCCACCCGGUGACGGCGGCGUUGAUGUACCGGGGCAUCUACACCGUGCCCAACCUGCUGUCGGAGCAGCGCCCGGUGGACAUCCCCGAGGACGAGCUGGAGGAGAUCCGUGAGGCCUUCAAAGUCUUUGACCGUGAUGGCAAUGGCUUCAUCUCCAAGCAGGAGCUGGGCACGGCCAUGCGCUCCUUGGGCUACAUGCCCAACGAGGUGGAGCUGGAGGUUAUCAUCCAGCGGCUGGACAUGGACGGUGAUGGCCAAGUGGACUUUGAGGAGUUUGUGACCCUCCUGGGACCCAAGCUUUCCACUUCAGGAAUUCCAGAGAAGUUCCACGGCACUGACUUUGACACCGUCUUCUGGAAGUGUGACAUGCAGAAGCUGACUGUGGACGAGCUGAAACGGUUGCUCUACGACACCUUCUGCGAACACCUGUCCAUGAAGGACAUUGAAAACAUCAUCAUGACGGAAGAGGAGAGCCACCUGGGCACGGCCGAGGAGUGCCCUGUGGACGUGGAGACUUGCUCCAACCAGCAGAUUCGCCAGACAUGUGUGCGCAAGAGUCUGAUCUGCGCCUUCGCCAUCGCCUUCAUCAUUAGCGUCAUGCUCAUCGCGGCCAACCAGGUGCUGCGCAGCGGCAUGAAAUAG